AACGAAAACCCGUUUGCGUCUUCGCAUUCCCUGGAUGCGAAUCCGUUUGACGACCCGGCCGCCUCUCAGCAGGCGAGCAACACAGCAAGGCUGGAGGAGAUCAGGCAGAGAGAACUUGAACUUGAGCGCAGGGAGAGAGAACUUGCUCAGAAGUCGGAUCACAUUCGCAAACAUGGGCGGAACAACUGGCCUCCUUUCUUCCCCCUCAUAUUCCACUCCAUCUCGGAGGAAUUGCCGUCUGAGGCCCAGCCGUUGAUCACCCGACUGUACCAACUGUGGCUGGUCCUGGCCGGUACACUUCUGGUCAACAUGCUUGCGUGCAUCUUCAUAUUGGCUUCCGGAUCGUCGAAUGGUGGGAGUGACCUCGGGUCAAGCAUCGGCUAUGUUUUGUUCAUUACGCCGUUGUCCUUCCUGCUAUGGUACCGACCGAUUUAUAACGGCUAUAUGAAGGAGCAAGCCCUCUACUACUAUCUGUAUUUCUUCUUCGGUGGAUGGCACCUGUUGUUCUCCGUAUACAUGAUCAUUGGCAUCCCAAGUACUGGCUCCGCGGGCUUUAUUCAGACCAUCCGGGCGUUCAGCAAACCAUCGCUUCCUUCAGCGAUUAUCGGUACCGUGGCCACUGUCGGAUGGAUAGUGCAAGGCGCAGGUUUGGGAUUCUACUAUCGCCAGAUUUGGGCACACCACAAGGCUGCCGGCCACUCGGUCGAGAAGGCGAAGACUGAGCUUGCGAGUCAUGGCGCCAAGGCUUACUUCACGCGUGGUUAA